AUGGCACAGGAAGGAUGUAGGGGAGACCCCGUGGCGCGCGCCUCGGCGAGCCGGGGGCGGGUACAGGUAGGGCGCGGCGCACCCCGUCCCGCCACCGCCCCGCAGCGGCCCCGCAGGCUCGGAGAAGACCCUCGGGGCAAGGGGCGUCCUCCCGGGCGGAAGGCACCACUGCAGCCCCGGCGGCCUGGGCCUCGGGCGUGCUGCACUCCGCCUCCGGACGCCCGCGGGAAUCGGCGCCCACACGCCGCGCGUCCUCCGUCCCCGGCGCUGGGCGUCCCCGGCGGAGCCGCGCGCACUUCGCCGGGGAGAGUCCGCAGGCUCCCGCAAACCGGGACCCGCGGGAGGGGACGGGGAGAAGGGACACUCACCUCCCGCAGCCCGGACCGCCUCGGGAUCCGAAGUUCAAGUGUCUGUCCCAGCCGCGGAUCCGUGCGUCUGUAUUUAGGGAUAGCAAAGAUGGCCUCCAACAAAGAUCUACAAAGUCAACUGGAGGUAUUCAGCUUCUUCCUUCUCUGAUGAUCUGUUCCUCUGGGCGGUAAAAACUUUGCUUUUGUCUUUCAACAAAAAUGUUGCUUGAUCCCCAUAGGGUUUUAAUCCUGUGAUUCCUUUUUCCUUCCUACAGCCAAUUUCCCCAUUCUUAAAAGAAGAUACCCUGGCUCCUCAUAGUUCGAAAUAGAACAUAUAUCCUUAAAUCAAUAGGCUGUUUUAAAUUUAGGAAGUGAAUGGGGCGCCUGGGUGGCUCAGUCGGUUGA